GGACUCUUCCUGUCUUCCAUGGUGGACUCUCAAGAUGGGGAGUUAAUUAUGUUCCGUUAUUCCUCGUUUUCCAAGUUGAUUCGAUGCAUCCAGGCUCAAGGCCUCCAGCUUUCCUUUGCAGAUUUGAUUUAUGAAGAGACUGUUAACUUUCUUCAAUUUGCAGCUUGCUUCGAUCACAGUAUUGUAGAGCUUGAAUGAUGAAUUGAUGGAGAGAUGGAUUUCCACUGACGCGCGAUGGGGACGGAACCCAACGUACCGCCGGCGCCAUCUUCAUCGCCGGCAGCGACGGCAUCCUCAUCACCCAAUGCCAAGCGAAGUAGAGACCCUGAAGAUGAGGUUUAUGUGGACAAUCUCCAUUCACAUAAACGCUAUUUAAGUGAGAUAAUGGCAUCAAGUUUAAAUGGACUAACUGUUGGAGAUAACUUAACUGAUGAUAGCCUUGUGUAUUCUCCAAGGUCUGGAAGCAUGUGCUGUAUUAGAGAUGAUGCAUCUAUACAGUAUUCACCAAUGUCAGAAGAUUUGGAUGAGUUGCCGAGCUAUGAAGUUUCUAUGCACAUUUGUUGUUCAUCUCAGCCUGAGAGCACUCCAACCAGUCCUGUGUCUCCUUAUAGGAACCACCAGAGGCCUUUUAGUGGGCUCUCACCCUUCUCUCAAUCCACUUUAAACCCGCCACCAGGAUGCAACCUACCUCCCGUUGCAUCUUCGAGUGCACGUCAACGGGGCUCAGACUCUGAGGGCCGGUUCCCAUCAUCGCCGAGCGACAUAUGCCACUCAGCAGACCUCAGGCGGGCAGCGCUUUUGAGGUCUGUGCAGAUGAGAACCCAUCCGCAUGGAGCAGCAACACUUUUUGAUCUGUCGCUGCUUAGU